AUGCUCAUCAUGAUCCUGAACCUCGUGUUGGUGAUGGUCACCCUCGUCUUCGCAGAACUUCCUCCCAGUCUUCUGGACGGCGACCUGCGAGACCUCAGUCUUCUGCCCCUGGACAAGCUACUGGCCGUCAAGAGAGCGCUCACAUACAAAGACAUAGACUCCGCGGGAACCGUAGCCAACACUUCCUCAACUCCAAAAAGCCAAGCUCAAGCCCUGAGAGGUGACCCUGGCAGUAGAGGGACUCCGCCACCUCGGCGAGGAGGACCUCCAAUCUGGGUGGAGGAAGUGGACGUCUACCAUAAAGGUGGCGGUCACGGCGGUGGCGGAGGAAAAGGGAAAGGUGCUCUACUACAAGGGAUAUUCCAGGGCACAGUGACAGUCCUAGCCUUCCUCGCUUUUGGUGGCUACCUCAUAUGUCUGAUACUGAACGCCCUGAAACAGAAGACAGCCGCUCUGGAGAUGACACUGCUGACAACGGUGGAACCGGCGACACGGCGGCGGCGGACCCUAGAGCUACGUGAAGCCUCUGGAGAUCGCAUGUUUACGAGCGAAGACAAUGUGCGACUAACGGUGAGGACGGUGGAGCAGCUGGAGCAUGGCAGACUCCUUGUAGACAUCAUGGGGACCACAGGUCAUCUAGGUCACGUGAUUAUUGUACUGCUAGUGACACCAGCUUUGGCGGCCCAGGAUGGCGCAGAGCCUCGCUUCUUCACCAAGGAAGAACUACUGUCCGAGUUUCGGGAGGGAUGGGAAGCGGCGGGACGUCUGGUAGGGUUCGACACCUCCCAGGGUCUAGGCGCCCUGGUUAGCUCUUCCUGGGCACCCGCGGCCACUGAGAAGCACGAUGUCCCUCUAGACGCUGCAGCAGCACAUCCGUCAAUCUUCCACGGAUUCUUUCGCCUCCUAGGUUUUGACUCAACCCGCCUAAAUGCAAUUGCAGUCAACGCCGUCGUUUUCAUCGCUAAAAUGAUAGGAUCUUCACUGAUCAGGAACUGGACGAGCGGUGCUGGAGGUGGAAAUGUUGGGGGCAGAGCCCUAGGGGACGAGGAUGUAGAGGAGUCGUUGUCCUGGGUCAUAGACAGUGUGAAAGACAAGGCUCGAGGUAUUCUAUCGAGGGCGCAGUCCGAGGACCUGGGUGAUCAGCUGAUCUCCGCCCUCCAGGACAUCCCGGGGGAGACAGACUGUGUGCAGCUUCUGGUGUGUAGGGCUUCGCCCCUCCUGGACACCAUGCGUCGCUCCCUCCGGGCACUGCUGGACGGAGAGUCUGUCCCCGCGGGUCUGUCACCGCUACAGAAGAUGCUGUAUUACCUACCUACCAGGCAUCAGCUGGCAGAGGCGGCUGUCACGUGCCGCCGGAGACUACCCAGCUGCAGUCAGCUGUUCGAGUGACGUCAGUGAAGAAGUGGUAGAUUUGUUUAAAAGAACACCGAGUGCUGAUAAAGACUAUGAAGAUAAUGAAGUAUGUCUUCCAACACUUUCCGAUACAUAUAUUGUCAUGUUGUCAACAUAUACUACGUACAUUUGUGUGAAAGAUGUUACAAUGCCUAAACGGAAACUCUCGGUAGACGAUCUCAUGAAAUAUUUGAUCAUAAUCGUAUAAUGGCACUAACUACAUGAUGGUUGUAGUUCUUUUACAACAACUACACACAAGUUUUCAUCCCCCACUAAAUAUUGUAUCAACGUGUCUAUUAAUGU